AUGAAGAGAUAUCACAAAAAAAUUAAUUUAAUAUUCAUUAUUAAAUCUUAAUAUUAUUAUUUAAAAUGUAUACUUAAAAAUAUAGUAGGUAUUAGAGAUGGGCAGUUAGUCAUAUUUGAAAAAAUUUUAGUAAUUAAUUAAUGUCCUUAACUUUACACAUUCUAAAAACUUUUCAUUCUAUGCAUUUUGUUUAACCACCCUACAUUAUUUUUUUCUAAUUAUAAUUAAUAAAAUUUCCAUAAAUUUUUAUUCAAUAUUUAAAGAAUAAAAUAAAUGAUAUAAUAGAUUAAAUAUUACAACAAAUUAUAAGAAUUUUUAAACUCUUAACUUUAAUCUCAUUAGGUUCUCCAUAUUGAUCUGAGUAAAAAUAAAAUUGGUGAUUAAGAUUCAUAAGGCUUAAGUUCUGCUUUAGCAAAUUGCACUAAUCUCUCAAAUUUGAAACUUUAUCUUUCGUAAAUUUAGUUUAUUUGUUUAGGAUUGUGA